AAACAAAUUAAGAGAACUGUUUUCCCAUUCAGAUAAAUUAUGGAUUUUAUAAAUCCCACUUAUUAAUUAUUUUUUAAACUAUCCCACAAAACAACAUCAGUACCUAACUCCCAUCUCUAACGACACGAUAACCCAUCACGAUUUCUGACUACACAAAAGAGUCAAAGAUCCCUACUGCUGGAGACAAAGGAAAAUAUUUAAUUCCAGGUGAAACUCGAAACUGACCACGUCUGCACAUUCCAAAAUGAGCAAAGUAACCUUCAAGAUCACGCUAACCUCGGACCCCAAGCUGCCCUUCAAGGUGCUCAGUGUUCCAGAGGGCACCCCGUUUACCGCUGUGCUAAAAUUCGCCUCGGAAGAGUUCAAAGUGCCGGCAGAGACCAGUGCCAUCAUUACAGACGAUGGUAUCGGCAUCAGCCCGCAGCAGACAGCCGGAAAUGUGUUCCUUAAGCACGGAUCGGAGCUCCGACUCAUCCCCAGAGAUCGGGUGGGCUGCUAACUAGGCUAGUAUUCCCCCAUCCCCGUGUAUUUCCCUGAGAUUGUCCCCUUUUUUAAUUCUUAUUAAAAUGUUAAUUGAAAAUUA